CCUAACGCAGAGCAGCCACGACUUUCGCCUCCCCACAAACAGUAGCUAUCGAUGUUGACUUUGGGUGGGUCCAUCGGAAUAGCUUAGAUACUGGCCACAAAGGGUUGUGAGAACCAAAUAAAAGCUCCAGCUGAAUCCUGAUCUUUCCGGAUUUUUCUGAGGGGUUUACGCUAAGCUGGGCUGACUGCUCCCGGAGGAGAGAAGAUUCCCUGCACCCCAAGAUUCUCCAUCAUCCUCUGGGUCACCGCCACCCCAGGUUUCCUAGGGUUCUCACAAAAGCAAAACAGACUUCUGCACGUGUCCUUCAUGCCGCGAGAACGGAUUGGCUCCUGAGGGAUACACGGAGACCCAGUGUAAGGCGAGGGCUCUGUGGGCCGGGCCGGGAAGGACGGACCUGCCAGACCUGCUCAUCUGCCUCCCGUUCAGUCUCGGGUCAGCCAUCGCUUCUCCGCCACAAGGACGGCCAGGGCAUGGAGUCUGUCCCCGGGAGAGCAGUCUUUGGGGCCUGAACUUUGAAUUCUGGAGCGACUCGGGGCUGGAGAGAGCAGGAAGCCCAUCUUGGUGCUGGUUUGGCCGGCUGUUCCCGCCGGGCCCCAUCCUGCCCUGCAGCCACAGGGGAAGGAACGGGCGGCGGCGGUGGAGCCACAGCUGGCCACGGAGGGGCACCACAGCUGGCCACGGAGGGGGCUCCAGAUCCCAACCCACCGCGAGUAGCUGCUGGGAACACGAGAGUGAGCAUUUUCAGCAGUGUCCCUGAAGCUUCUGCCGUCCUCAGCCCUAAGGAGCUGUCUUAGACGUUUCCUCCCUCGCCGUGCUCCAGUGAGAGCGUCGUGUCACAGGUGUGCCGAAUGUGUUUGUGCACAGCUGAGCUUUGUACGUGUCAGGCGUUCCUGGCCUCGGGGCCAUGGCGAUGCUGCGCCGGACAGAGUCCACGCUGACCGCGCUAGACGAGGACGCGCUGUGGGAGCUGCUGGAGAGCCACCGCCACAAGAUCGUGCGCAGCAUCUGCCCCAGCCGCCUCACCCCCUACCUGCGCCAGGCCAAGGUGCUGGACCAGCUAGAUGAGGAGGAGGUGCUCCACGGCCCCAGGUUCACCAACACCGUCAUGCGAGUCGGGCACUUGUUGGAUUUGCUGAAGACGCGAGGGAAGAAUGGAGCCAUUGCCUUCCUGGAGAGCCUGAAGUUCCACAACCCGGACAUCUACACCCUGGUCACCGGGCUGCAGCCCAAGGGGGACUUCAGCAACUUCAGUGGGCUCAUGGAGACGUCCAAGCUGACCGAGUGCCUGGCCGGGGCCAUCAGCAGCCUGCAGGAGGAGCUGAGCCAGGAGAAGGGGCAGAAGGAGGCCCUGCUGCGGCGUUGCCAGCAGCUCCAGGAGCACCUGGGCCAGGCCGAGGCCCGCGUCCAGAGCCUGGGCCAGAUGGAGGCCGACCACGACCGCAUGAAGCGUGAGGUCAGCGCUUACUUCCACGAGGUGCUGAAGCUCAAGGACGAGAUGCUUGGUCUGUCCCUGCACUACAGCAAUGCGCUGCGGGAGAAGGAACUGGCCACCACGCGCUGCCGCAGCCUGCAGGAGGAGCUCUACCUGACCAAGCAGGAGCUGCAGCGUGAGAAGAUGUCUUCCUGCCACACGCGAGAACUGCGGGAGCGGUCCCCGCAGAUGGCCGGGGACCUGGAGCCCGGGGACAAGGCGCUGAGCUGCCUGAAGGAGGAGAAUGAGAAGCUCCGGUCGCUGACGUUCAGCCUGGCAGAGAAGGACAUCCUGGAGCAGAACCUGGACGAGGCCCUGGAGAGCAAGCAGGAGCUGGUGGACCGCAUCCACUCUCUGAGGGAGCGGGCCGUGGCCGCCGAGAGGCAGCGCAAGCAGUACUGGGAAGAGAAGGAGCAGACCCUGCUCCAGUUCCAGAGGACGAAGGUGGACUGUGACAUCUACAAGGAGAAGGUGAACGCCCUGCAGGGUCAGCUCCAGCAGCUGCAGAAGGAGAGAGACCAGGCCUAUUCCGCCCGGGACGCAGCCCAGACGGAGAUUUCUCAGAACCUGACGGAGAAGGACGCCCUCCGCAGGGAAGUGUUCGAGCUGACGGACCAGGUCUGUGAACUGCGCCAGCAGCUCCGCAGGCGGGCCGAGUCCCCACAGGGGGCUGAGCAGGAAGCCGGAGCCAGGGCGCCGGGUCUGAGGGGGAAGCAGCCGCUCGUGCGCAUGUUCGCCAUCUGCCCACGGGAUGACAGUGACGACAGCAGCCCCAGGUCCACGGAGCUCUGCUCUGACCUCAACGCCACGUGCAACCGUGAGUUGGUGGACAGCUUCCGCUCCAGCAGCCCCCUGCCUCCCAGUGCACAGUCCCUGUACAAGCGGGCGGCAGAGGACUUCCGGGAGGACUCCUGGUCUCUUAGUGGUCUCCUAGAAAUCCGGCAGGUGGACCGAGGACUCUCCCCGGGGGUGAAGGCAGGGGAUGCCGACCUGGAUUAUGAGAUUGUGGACAGAGCAGACCUUCCUGAGUGUGAGAGCAGCCUGCAGCCCUGCGCCGGGGGUCUCACCGCCUCGUCCAGCAGCGUCCCGGUGCGGAGGAGGCCGGCCCGCAAGAUCCUGAGCCAGGUCACCGUGCUGGCCUUCCAGGGGGACGCGCUGCUGGAGCAGAUAAGCAUCAUUGGUGGCAACCACACGGGCAUCUUCAUUCACCGGGUCACCCCUGGCUCGCCGGCGGACGAGAUGGCCUUGCGCCCGGGCACCCAGAUCAUGAUGGUGGAUUAUGAAGCAGCAGAGCCCUCGUUCAAGGCCACCUUGGAGGACACGACCCUGGAGCAAGCUGUCCGGCUCCUGCAGAGGGUCAACGGCUUCUGCUGCCUGUCUGUGAAGGUCAACAUGGAGGGUUAUAGGAGGUUGGUCCAGGACUUGGAGGCCAACGUGGUGACCUCAGGGGACUCCUUCUACAUCCGGGUGAACCUGGCCAUGGAGGCGCGGGCGGAGGGGGAGCUCCCGGUGCGAUGCGGUGACGUCCUGCACGUCAGCGACACCCUGUUCCAGGGCCGCUGCUGCUGGCGCGCCCACCGUGUGGGCCCCUACAGCACGAAGGGCGUGGAGCACGGCACCAUCGCCAACUACGCCCGGGCUCAGCAGCUGCUCAUCGCCCUCAUCCAGGACAUGGCUCAGCAAAGCACCGCCGGCCGCAAGCAGUCUUCCGGGGGACCCCAGAAGCUGGUCCGCAUCGUCAGUGUGGACAGAACCAAGGCCAGCCCCCUGUGCUCAUCCUUCGAUGGGGCCCUGUGGGAGCCCAGCAAGCUGGAAGAGCCCUCCACUGCGUGCUUCUGGGCCGAGAGCUGCUUCACCCUGGUGCCCUACACCCUGGUGCAUCCCCACAGGCCCAGCCAGCCCCGGCCCGUGAUCCUGGUGCCCAGGGUGGUCGGGAAGAUCCUCAGCGAGAAGCUGUGCCUCCUCCAAGGGUUUAAGAAAUGCCCAGCAGAGUACUUGAGCCAGGAGGAAUACGAUGCCUCCAGCCAGAGAGGGGACAUCAUCCAGGAGAGGGAGGCGUCCGGUGGCCGCUACUGCGUGACCCGCCAGGCUGUCGAGUCCCUCAUGGAAAAGAACACCCACGCCCUCUUGGACGUCCGGCUGGGCAGCAUCUGUGCCCUGCACAGGAUGGAGAUCUUCCCCAUCAUCAUCCACAUCCCCAUCAACGAGAGAGCAGCAAAGAAACUCAAGAAGGCCCUGCAGCGGCUCGGCACGUCGGAGGAGCAGCUCCUGGAGGCGGGCAGGCAGGAGGAGGCCGCGCUGGACGGAGCGCCCUGUCUGUACGGCAGCCUGGCCCCCGACGGCUGGAGUGACCUGGAGACGCUGCUCGGCUGCGUCCGCUUCGCCAUCAGGGACGAGCAGCGGAAGGUCGUGUGGACGGAGCAGAGCCCCCGCUGACGGCACCGGGGCCCUUCCAGGGGCCGUGGGGACCUCUGAGUCCCUGUGAUUUGAGUUCAGCCUCGUGGACACAGCCUCGGGCAUGCUCGCCCAAGCCCAGCUCUCUGGGCAUCUGGUCCCCUCUCCCGCUGUGGCCCAACCUUGAACCCCACUCUGUGCAGGUCACAGACAGGCAUUCGAACCAUCUGCCCACUUUUCUGCUGAGCUGUCUCCUCCUCCAAGGCUUGGUUGCCGUGUCUGAACCAGAGGCCCCGAGAACACGUCUCCUAUAGACAUUUCCAGAAAACCACCUGUCUGACCCUGAUCUCCCCUUCUGCAUUUCAGGGUGCCGAAGGGCUCGUUCCCAAGCUCCUGAGGCAGGAGGCUGGUAGCCCUGGUGCCCAGAGCGGAGGCACAGAAUCCCUGGUGAGGUGAGCUCACGGACUGCCUCAGUGGCCCGAGAGCUGCUUCAGGGGCUCGAGUUGGAGAGUCGUGUGUACCAACUGGGAGAUACGGUGUCCCAGGCUCGGAAAGUGUUUUAGUGUUUUCAGUGGGUUUCUGCCUGGUGGCCACCAGACGUCCGCAGGGGUGCCCUGGAGAAGCCACCGACAGACACCCUCGCACACGGGCCGGGCUGCCCCGAGCCCCACAUCUGCCCCCCUCUACCGGGCAGUAAAGAGCCUUUACUCCACCUCCAGAGCUCAGGAGACACGUGGGCAUGGCCGGGCGAAGCACUCCUGGGCCCCCGCCCCCUGGCCUUGCCCCCCACUGUAGCAGACUGACCGCCUUUUCGGCAGCGGCGCCCCUGAACCUGAGUGCCCCAGAAGCUGCUCUGGAUUGAGGCAGGCAUGACUGUAAAUAAGCCAGAAAAUAA